ACUACAAUGGAAAGAAAGCGGAAAAGCUAUCUCCUCAGAAAAUCCGAUACCUGUGAGCAACCGAAACCGAAACCCCGCACUAAUGGAGAAGCUGUCUGCUCGUGCAACAAAGUUUCUGCUAAGUCCUAUGACCUUCAAACCCAAACUGUGACUUUUGAAGACGAGUUUAACCCCAGAAAGGACCAACAGGGCGUCUUCAUUUGUCCCUCUGGUUUGAAGUAUCAAGAAGAUCCUCAUAAGGGACCAGACAAGUAUGUAAACAAGAACUUCUCCGACAUGGACCAGGAUCUAGAGUUUUACCCGGUCGACGACCAUCCCUCCCCCUCCACUUUCGCAGCUUGGGAUGCCUUCCUGGCGGGCAAUCAGGCCUUCUUCAGGGAACCCCCCUGUCUCCUCCCUGAUCCUGCUUUUUCUUACAUGGACGUCAUACCCGAAGAGGACGACUUGGAGGCUUUAUUAGAGUCAGACACAGACGAUACUGGGAGUUCGGUGUCCACAGUCAUAGAUCGGUUUUCCAGGACCAGCACGGCCAAUUCCAGUUUCUCCGAGAGGUGCAAAGGCACUGCUGAUGUCACCUUUGACUUGCAGAAAGUUUUGUCGCCUUUCGAAAGGCUUGAAAAAGAACUGGAUGCAGAAGAGCUAAAAGAUGACAUCAUUUCUCUUGGUACGAAGGAAAUUCAAAGAGGUCCUAUUGUAGUCAUUACAAAUAGCAGUAGCUGUGAAGAUGUUCACAGUGCAGGGGAAGAUGAACUCAGGGAAGAAGAGACUAAGAAAAACGUCGAAUUAGCAAACAGUGCGGAUGCUAGCCCAAGUGUUUCAGAACUUAAAUCAGAAGCGCCUGAAAAGGAAAUUAAUAAUGAUAUUUCCGACUGUGCAGAAAAUUAUGAUUCGGAAAAAAGUAGAUCGGCCAAAAAAGAGGCGCCAUUAGCGCCUUCAAGGACUAGAACUACCAAUUCGGUGAAAAAUUCCAAGAAGGAUUCAUCAAAGAAAAACCAAGCAGACAAUCAAACUUCAAAUUCAUCUCCUUCAUCAGCAAAAAAAAAGAAAUCAUAUCCAACACCGAACGUACCACCAAGAAUGAGUAAACAUCUUCCUGCCAGGAGAACCAGAAGUGAUCCUGGUUCGAACGAUCAACCAUCUCGAAUUCCGAGGCCGAUUUCGAACAGCAGCCGCCCCCCUCCUACAACAACAAGUACAAAAGCAGUUCCCAAAACUAUUCGCAGUCCAAAAUUGAACAGUACGAAGCAAAGAAAAAAUUUAGGCAAGGCAACUCAAAGUAGUACCUCAACAAAAAAGUUAUUAGACAGUGAAGAGUCCAGCAACAAUAACAACAGCGAAGAUCAGCAUGUGGUUAAAAAUAUUGAGGAAGAACAUUCUGUAGCUUCUUCAGCUACUAUAAUUGAAGAGUUGUCAACAAAGAGUGAAGAAAUGGCACCAACAAAACUAGAAUUUGAGGACAACUUCGUUCCAGAAAUUAAUUCUUUUGAAGCGUCAGGUGCAGUUGAGGAUUCCUUUAAUAAUUCUACAACGACCAUAAUCAUUGAUGGCAGUACCAGCACCAAGGAACAAAAUGAAGAGAGGGAUGGAGCGACAAAUUGCGUUCAGAUCAUAGGAAUUUCUACUAGUGAUACGAAUCCUUUCCGAGCGACAGAAAAGAAUCCUUUUAAAAAUGAAAUGGACACAAAUAAUCCAUUUGUAGCUGGAGUGAAUCCAUUUAAUGAAGACAGUGAACACAGUCCGGUAUUGCAGCCAAAGGGACAAAUCACUGCUUCUCUCAUUCCACCUCCCAUUCCAGAAAGAUUAUCUCUAAAAUUAUCAGGAUCAUGUCUGAAAGAAAAGAAAGACAGUGAUUCCGAAAUCCAAGUCAAUCAAAUCGUUCUCAACGUCACCUUGCCAUCAGUACAAGAAAAUUGUGAAGAAUUUUCGAACAUAGAAAUGAAGCAAGAAACUAGCAACAAAGAUAGCGAUGACCCUAAGCUGAAUCGAGAUGAGGAUUCUUUUAUACAGCAAGAAAAUCUGAAUCUCUCAAAUUUGCCAGAAGAAAAAGAAGCUGUUGAACUGUGGCUCGAUAAAUCUCUUGAAUCGGCCUCUGGUCCCGACACCGCAAUCAUUAACAAGCUGGAUUCCUCAUCGGAAUCUAGGCUGGAUAUACUGAUUAACAAUCCUGAUGUGUCACUUUUGUCCGAUCCACCAAAAAUACCAUCUUCACUACCAGUGGAUGAAGAAAUACCAAAACAGCAGCAGAGACCCAUCGAGGAUAUUCUUCAAGCCCUCGACCAGUUGGUGCUCUCGACUCCCAGAGAAGUGGAGAUCAGCAUCGAUUGGGAGGCUCGGGGGCCUGUAAACAUUCGAGAGAAGUUGGUUGUCCCCUCCACUACUUCCAUAAAUGGAAGUGAAAACUGCGAGAUGGACGAUCUCCCUGAAGACCGAAAACGGGACAUAGAAACUCUCCUGAAGGAAGUGGAUGAAUGCUUGAGAAUGCACCAAGGUAAGAAACUCUUUUUAACUUCUGUAACUAAUGUCACCUGGUUCACCACCAGACUACGGUUUGUACUAUUUUGAUUAAUUUUUGCGGAUAUUAUUCAUGAACACAUACUUUUAAAUUGUUCUCAAAGUUCUGAUCUGAUCAAAUCUAACUAAUUAAUAUUUUACAGUUUGCAAAUAUUUUUUUUUUUUUUGUGAAAAUAACGUAAAAUAUUCUCUCCAAAUAAGAGUAAAAUGCUAAAUUUUUUUCAUUG